AACGGAUGAUGGAGAGAAGGAUGAGACUGACACUCAUUCACAGAUGCGAAACGGGAGGAAUGAGCGGGAUCGUAGAUUCAGUCGAGCAGUCAUCCCACGGAUCCCUUCACAAGUCGCCAAGGUAACGCCUCAGCGACUUAUCGCAUGCGAGAAGCGGGGUGACGUCAUCAUGGAAGAUGCCAUUGGAGGCGAUGGGGGUGGCGGUACUGAGAUCAGAGUUGAGGGAUGGGACCAUAGCUUUAAUGAGUUCGUCAUCGAACAGGCACAAGCCAGCAGUAUACUCGUUCUGGAAAAUGCGAAGCUGAGAAAAGAACUGCAUGAAGCCAAGACCGAAGUUGCCACACUGAAUAAAGAACUCUCAAUGAAUGAGGUAGAUCACAACGACGCCGAGGUGCAGACAAUGCUCUGCUCUCAUGCCCUUGGUGAUCAUUUCUACCUCGGCCACGGGUUCAACGAACUUGCAUCAGAUGAUGAGGACACCGAUUACUUGACGACUUACAGUAAUUCAUCCCCCGACAGACGUUAUUCCACACAAGCGAACCGAUCGGACGGUUUCAUGGAGGGAACACGCGGCGCCGAGGUUUACUUCUGUACGCCUGGUUCGAACAUCUCUACUCCCAGGACCCUGGGUCGAGCAUCCACCGUCUCGUCCUCGGGAGGUGGCCUUAUCCGAAGAAAACUGGAGCUACCCAAGUCACUAAAAAAUGGCGGAGGCUACCUCAGCAUCACCAGCUACGAGGCUUUGACAUCCGACGACGACGAGAGUUCAACGAUCUCUCCGGGAUGCUGUCCCUUUGCCUGCUUUAGUUGUCUUGGUAGACGAAAGUCCCCACAGAAGUAAAUCCGAUACUGUUGAAACUGUCCAGUAUGACAGCAAUGGAAUAACUUUGUAACUCUUUAUACGCUUUGGAUCGAACCUAAGACUGUAACG